GCUAUAUGCAUUCCGAAGCUCUGGUACCAUGUAGCUCAAGAUCAUUGCAGGUGUGUCUAUGUGCUGGGCAUCGUUCCUUGACACCAGGGGGAGAAAAAAACACAUUGUCUUUAAAAUUCUUUAUCUUGUAUUGUAACUGUAGCUUCUCUGGAUUGUGAUAUGUUUUAGUUCAUUUUGCUAGUGACAUCCGCAGUGUCGCCACAGAAAAAAAAGCAAUUGCUGCUCAUCAUCCCCUGAUCCCGUUUGCCUGCACCCUCUAGCUGUGAAUGGGCUGUGCUUUGUGAUUAUCUGCAGUCACUUUAGAGUCAUUUCUGGAAGAAGAUGGCGGACAGGGCUGAGAUGUUUUCUCUCUCCACCUUCCAUUCCCUCUCUCCUCCGAGCUGCAGGCCAGCUCAUGACAUCAGCCUGGAGGAAUUUGAUGAUGAGGAUUUAUCAGAAAUUACAGAUGACUGCGGAAUUGGGCUAAACUAUGAUUCAGAUCCUUAUGAGAAGGACUGUCUUAUCCUGGAGAAGAAUGACCUCCAUCACCCAGUGUGCUCCUUCCAAGAUGACUUCCAGGAGUUUGAGAUGAUUGAUGAUAAUGAUGAUGAGGAGGAAGAAGAGGAGGAAGAAGUUGACCCUGAGGCCCCGCCUUCCCCCUCUGCCUCUCCUCCUGCCUCACCCUUGGGCACAACGCAGAAGAGUCGACCGACCACACUGAACCUCCAAGCGCCAGUCUCUCAGGAUUCUCUGAAUAAUAAUGGCAGUUUUUCUCCACUGAAAGCCAACUGGCAGGAAGCUCUUUGUCAUUCAUCUUCAUGUGGACAUUUGUCUCCUUCCCAUUCUUGCUUUGAAGACAGUACCCAUCUGAAUGGCCAUUGUACUGCAGCACCAAGUGCUGGUUCUCAAUGCAAAGGUACACCCACAAAACACUCAGGGGACACUGAACAGACACAAUCGCCACUCAGGCCCCUCCUGUACGAUUUUGAGGGCAACAAACGGGAAACCCUGGAAUACGGUAAAAAAAUGUCUGACCCUCCCAUGGAAGAUUAUAAUAUGAACAUAACCUCUUCACCGCCAUCUCCACUAUAUUCUCCAUUCCAUGACAGACAGAUGUCUCCUAAACAAUAUCUCUCUUCAACAGGGUCUUUUGGUCAACACAAAAUGUCCACCAGUUCAGACACUGGAGUAGAACCCAACACGGAUAGUACCAGCCCAGUUACAACCAUACCGGUGAUAGAUGAAGAUUCACAGAGCUCUGAUACUGAGGUUGACCAUGACCUGACCACUGACUGUGCCAAAAAAUGGAUGUGCCAAUAUAGACAGGCCAAUGAUACUUACACUGUCACCUCAGAGUCAGUGGCAGAUCCAGAAGUGGAGUAUGACCUUACAUUAGAUGGCACCAGUACAUGUCAGUCUCCUACCAACCCAGUAGUUAAUGAUGCUGGUACUCCAAUAUCAGAUGAUGAACUAGAUAAGGUCUUUGACAUUGAUUAUAUGGGAAUACAAAGCAAGGACUGUGUCUCAAAAGAACCAGAGUGUUCAUCGUAUGUUGAGUUUCCUCCAAUUGAGCCUACUUCAUUCUGCAUUUACAGUUCCCCUACAAGUCAAUCAAAUGCAGAAUUAGACAGGCCACACAGUACCAGUGAUGCUAAUGAACAUAGUCACCCACCUUCUUCAUCCAAUGACACAGCCUCUCCUUCUUCCGACCCAGGCAUUGAAGCAGAUCUCAGGAGUAAAGGAAGGUACAUGCCAUCCGGUAAUCACACUGACGAUCUUAGCUCUCCAGGUUCUGAUUCUGACAUUGAAGGAGAAAUAGAGGCUGCCUUUGCCUGUGGAGACCACUUGGUCAGUAACAUGAUCUCAUCUAUCUCUGAGACAGAGUUGGACCUCACCAGUGAGAGCAGCAGUGGCCGGUCCUCACACCUCACCAACUCUAUUGAAGAAGCAAGCUCUCCCGCCUCUGACCAAGAGCUUGAGACAGAGUUAGAGGCAGACAGUGGUAUAAUUGGCAUCAAGGCCUCCUUGCUUCUUGGGCAGUCCGAUCCUUAUGAAGUUACUUCACCAACGUUAGAACUGGAAGUCAAACCACAACUUGAUGAAGAUCAAGCAUUAAUGGGUCUUCAUAAUGUUGAUGGACUUACAUAUGAACACAUCGCAGACCCAGAUGAAACCUUGCCACCAACAGACCGCAGCGAAGACCACCUCAUGAGAGAAUUAGUUCUUAAGAUUGAACCUGACCACAGCUUAGAGAGUUUCAAGAGGUCAUUUUACCUGCCGAUAGGGCCCAAACUGAUGCCUGAUAUGGACAAUGAAGAAGGUAAUAGUGAGUAUGAUUCAGAGUCGGAUUCAGAAGCUGACCUGAGUGAAGACGCUGACUCCCCCUGGCUCCUGAGUAACCUUGUAAAUAAAAUGAUUUCAGAAGGCUCUUAUCCCAUAAGCUGUCCAGAGGAGUGCUUCAAGAGGUCUGGCUCAGUAUCUGACACUAUUUCACCAAUGUCAGAUUUGGAAACAGAUGCUUUUAAUGAACCCCUAGACAGCCAAGCUCACCAGUUGAGUUCAAGUAGUGAUGUAUGGACAAAAAACUCUAAGGAAGGCCUCUUAGAUACAGAUACUAACAAACAAAGUUUUUCAAAUAAGGAACCAGAUGGCAGUGAAGGUUGCAAUACGUCAGACUCCAGAAGCAAAGCCAAAGAUAAGAUGAUAAACUCUGAAUGUAAACUAAAUUCAGCUGGCACCUUUGAAAUUUCAGGCCUUUGUUUAUACAUGAGUAACCCUACCAAUGAUACAAUCACUCCAGUCUUUGUUGAUCAAUAUAAUAGUGCAGUCAGUGCACACAAUAUGAAAAGCCCAGGGAUGGAUGCAUCUGAUACAGAUAAAGCCUAUAGGCAUGUCAAGGAUUCAUCUGUUAGCCCUACAGUUGCCAAGUCAAAGACAAAGAACCUUGAAGAGGACACAGUGGAGCCUAAUAAUGAUCUGUCUAUGAAUUCACAUGGAUCAGUAUCUCCAUCUGCAAGUGAGCAGCUAGACACUGACAAAGAUGAAGGGAGAGAAGACACAAGUGUGUUUGAUCGUAUUAAAGAGGUUAAGAACAGUUUGACUCUUGAUAUUCCUAUUCCUAAAACAAACAGAUGCUUCAAUUUGACCUACUCCACUGACAAAGAAGAAGAAUCAUUUCUUGAGAGCAUCAAGAAGUCUCCAUAUCAUGAUCACUGCUUGGACAACUCCCCUUCUAUAGAUGAUAACUUAGAUGAACUCCCUCCUUUAAAUGUGUUGGCACCCAAGCAGAGAGAUGAAUCCCUGGCUUAUGACUCCAUUAAGUACACUCUGGUGGUGGAUGAAAACACAACCCUGGAGCUGGUUAGCUUGAAAAGAUGCACCUCUGUCCUGAGCGAUGACAGCGAGAUCUCCACCAUCUGUGAUAAUUGUGACCUGGAGGGGGAUAAUGAAUUUGAUGUUGAUGUUGACGGACCAGAGGUCCUCAGCUCAUCUGAAGAUUCAUCCCCUGAAGCCGAUGUGCAGUUUUCCAAGAAGUUCUUGAACGUUUUUGUGAACAGCACAUCAAGAUCCUCAAGUACAGAGUCAUUUGGUCUUUUCUCAUGCACAAUAAAUGGAGAAGAAAGAGAACAAACCCACAGAGCUGUCUUCAGGUUUAUCCCUCGGCACGAGGAUGAAUUGGAGCUGGAUGUGGAUGACCCGCUCUUUGUGGAAGUGGAGGAAGAUGAUUACUGGUACAGGGGUUACAACAUGCGCACUGGAGAGAGGGGGAUUUUUCCAGCGUACUACGCUCAUGCAGUGGUGAGCCAAGCCAAAGAAUUUAUUGGAAUGAAGAGGAACACUGGCUGGGUGGAGAGGUACAACGUUCAAUUCCUGGGCUCAGUGGAAGUCCCAUAUCAUCAGGGCAACGGUAUCCUGUGUGCUGCCAUGCAGAAAAUUGCAACUACAAGGAAGCAAACUGUCCACCUGAGGCCUCCAUCCACAUGUGACCUGGAAAUAAGCCUUCAAGGGGUCAAACUGGUCAUGAGCUUGGAUGAGUAUGGAGUGGACGAUGAGUUUGACAGGUGCAGUCACUUCUUCCAGAUGAAGAAUAUCUCCUACUGUGGCUGUCAUCCUAAAAACAGCUGCUACUUUGGGUUUAUCUCCAAGCAUCCAGUUCUGAACCGCUUUGCCUGUCACGUGUUUGUAUCCCAGGAGUCAAUGCGCUGUGUAGCUGACAGUGUGGGACGAGCAUUCCACGAGUAUUAUCAGGAGCAUCUGGAGUAUGCCUGCCCCACAGAGGACAUUUAUCUGGAGUAAGAUGAUUCAUACCAAUCCCCGGAUCUGUAUGUCCUUCAGACACACCACAGCGGGGUUCUCAAGCCUUUUUCUCUUGUAAAAUACAUUUUCUUUCCAAAGUGGGAUCUUUAUUUUUCCUUCCUCCACCUUUUGCGACAUGCCCAGAAUGAAUGCCGUGGGUUUAUUUUAUUUAUUUUGGGGAUUUUAGGUAAACAGGUUGGCUUAAGAACAGUCUUUUGAACAUCAGCCAAUAUAGGGAAAAUACUCUACUACUGUACAUGUCUGACUUUCAUGCAUGUCUUUAACAUGAUGUACACACACACACAAAAAUAGAAGUGUGAUUUAAAUAUAUAAAAAAUAUGUCUCUAGGGGAUUGUACAGCCUUUGUAAAAGCAGUAGAAGGAAAUUCUUCACAAUUUUUUUUCCCAUCUGGUUGAACCCUUGAGAUGUGGAUUUGAAUAAGUUUAAAAAGAUUAAAUGAGUGCAAACCAAUGACCAUGGACAGAAGCAGGCAGGUGGAGGUCUACUGUGGCAGCACACACAUAAGACACAUUAACUCCUUAAUUGAGAAAGAGACUGGGGAAAUGGGGCUAUAAAAUGCCAGCCGAUGUUUGAUAUGUACUGUAUAUAUGUAUAGACAGAAAA